UUUUUGAUUUACAAGUGUAAGCUCCACCGCGGCGCCCGCUUAUUUAUUGGACGCGCGAAUUCGGGUUUCGAAUGUUUUUUUUUUCGUUAUACUUUCCGGGAAUCGGCGUGUGGCAUUGUUGAACUGCGAAAUCGACUCUCGUGUUGCAAUGCAAUCCAGACGCCGCGGGGAUAUUUUCAAAUUUAGGCGCAUAAUAACGAGAUGAAUCGUUAAUUGGAGAUACUAUUCGUGUGAGUUAAUUAUAAUCAAGUUGCGAACUCUGUUUUAAAAAAGUAAUAACCGCAAUUCGAUAAUGUCUAGUGAUAUCGUGCAAUGUAGAAUUAGCCUUGGACAAAAAACGAGUACCCCAGCGCAAUGUGUACGCAAACCGAGAUCAGUGAACGUUGCAGAAAAUGACGACAUCCGCGUGCAGCUCCGUGGCCGUUUUGUCGACGAUUCCGCGCCUGUCUCAGCAUUUGAAACUCGCUCUGCCGAACGUCAGCUUCACCGAUGUUCUCGCAGACGACAGCACGCGAUCGAGACUGUCGAACGCCGAAAUAAUAGUAGCCGACGCCAAUUUGCUCAUUGGCCACGUAGAAAAUUUACCGGCCACCAAAUGGGUUCAAAUGACCUGGGCAGGAGUGGAGGGCUUCGUGACGAAAUUGCGCGACUCCAAGACGACCCCUCCGAAUUUUCAAGUGACUCGUUUCAGCGGUCAGAGCUUCGGCUACGCCAUGUCCGAGUACGUCGUCGCGCAGAUCGUCAAUUUCGAGCGCGACCAGAGAAGACAGUACGAGAAUCAGAGCCGGGCCAAGUGGGAGCAGUCGGGCUGGGUAUCGGAUCACAGGAGGCUCUGCGAGUUGACCGUCGGUAUAUUGGGAGUCGGCGAGAUUGGCGGUUUCCUGGCUAAAGUUUUGAAAACUCUCGGAGCUCGAGUUUGGGGCAUGUCCCGAUCUCCUCCGGCAGAGAUUUCUGAACAAGAUUUCAAGCGAAGAAAUUUGCAUUAUCUCGAUGCGCACGUAACCGGCGCUAGUCUAGCAAAGCUGCUGGAAAGUUGCGAUUACGUGGUGAACGUCAUGCCCUCGACGGACUCGACCAGGGGCUUGUUGAACGGAGAUGCGCUCAAGAGUUGUGCCGCCAGAGGCUCGGUAUUCGUCAACAUCGGCCGUGGCUCCGUAAUCGACGAGUCCGACUUGAUCAAUGCUCUGGAGCGGAAGUGGAUAUCGGGUGCCAUUCUCGAUGUUUUCGAAAACGAGCCGCUCAGCGAGCAUAGCAAAUUGUGGUCGUUUCCGCAGGUGACGAUCUCGCCUCACGUGGCGGGCAUCUCUAAGCCGGAAGAUAUAGCUCAGGUAUUCGCGGCGAAUUACGCAAGAUACACGGCUGGAAAAAGUUUGCAAAAUGUAUUAGACCACAAUCGCGGUUAUUAGAGUUUAUAAAAUGUGUACGCUGUUAUUAUUACAGCGAAAAGGGGGAUAAAAAAGAGGAGAAAAAGGCACAAAUAAAAGUAUGAAAAGAAAAGAGGAAGGCUUUACUCAUUCAAUGGACGUGUGCUGCCCUAUACUCUCAUACAUUAUACGAGCUCGAGAAGAAGUGUAAAUAAUUCAAGUUCUCGCUCGAAAGUAUAUAAGUGCGGGAUUACAAUGCAGAGCUUUGCUCGAGCUGGAAUGCGUUACAUGCAGGCGAGCGCUCGGCCGCAAGUACCACAUCCACAUCUUAUAAAUUACUGCAGCGUAAUUAUUGU